CAAAAACCAAACGGGGAAAUCUCAGAAACCACCAUCCGAUAAUAAACAUACGACCGGCAACUAAUCCAUUCCCACUUUUCUGCAACCCGCUGCGCCGAUUUCCUUCCAUCUUAUCCACCUAUCCUAUUUCUUUCUAUUUUAUCCACCUAUCCUACUCCUCUUUUUGCAGUCACACAUACAAACACACAUGCACACACAUCACAUGCACACACACACACACACACGCACAUCACAUGCACACACACACACACACACGCACAUCACAUGCACACACACACACAAACACAUGCACAGGCGUACAGGCAUACAUAAAUGUAGCGGAUGUGUACAGUAGGAGGUCGUUUCGUAUUCUUGCGCAGUAAAUUCCAAACUUUCUCUUUCUCGUUGUUGGCAUCUGCUAAGAAUGGGCUUGUUUGCUUGAACUAAUUGUGAAUUUUUUUUUGAAAUUUCAAAUCAAAUUUACAUUGAGCAGUAGGGGCAUUACAUUAAGUUUAACCGCUCUCAGCGAUCCUUUACAGUUAGUUAAUUAAUUGCAACC